AUGGCCACAACCAACCCUAAGGCCUCUGCUCCUAGGAGGUCAAAGGAUUCCGACAAGAUAGGGAGUUUCCAACGACAGGAGGAAAUAGGACGGGGCAGUUUUGCAACUGUCUACAAGGCCCUACAUAUCUCACAAGCUGGUGUCCAAAGCAUUGUAGCCAUCAAAUCUGUCAACCUAGCCAAGUUGAACAAGAAGUUGAAAGACAACCUGACGUCGGAGAUCUCCAUUCUCAAAGGCCUGCACCAUCCUCACAUUGUUGCUCUGAUCGACUGUAAAGAAUCCAGUUCACACAUUCAUCUGGUAAUGGAAUAUGUCGCUCUCGGUGACCUCUCAUAUUUUAUCAAAAAGCGUGAUACGAUCAAGAAUAGCGAAAUGGUGGGGAAUAUGAUGGUCAAAUAUCCAAACCCUCGAGCUGGCGGACUUCAUGAAGUGGUCGUUCGACAUUUCUUACAACAACUCGCAAGCGCUCUACAAUUCCUCCGAGCCAGGAAUCUCAUUCACCGCGACGUCAAACCUCAGAAUCUUCUCCUCAACCCAUCACUUGCCUAUUUUGAGACUCAUAAACCUCAGCCCAUGCCCUACCUGACGGCUGAGAACUGCUUGGAACCUGUCUGUGGCAUCAAAUCUCUCCCCAUGCUCAAGAUUGCGGAUUUCGGCUUUGCACGGUCUCUGCCAUCCACUGCACUCGCCGAAACGCUUUGUGGCUCUCCCUUGUAUAUGGCCCCUGAGAUCUUGCGGUACGAAAAGUAUGAUGCAAAAGCGGAUCUUUGGUCGGUGGGAACUGUCCUCUACGAAAUGAUAACCUCCAAACCUCCGUUUCGUGCCUCCAAUCAUGUGGAACUGCUUAGACGUAUCGAAAAGGGGGAUGAUAAGAUCAAAUUUGGAGAUGACACCAUCGUAUCUGAGGAGAUGAAGAAGCUCAUCCGGUCAUUAUUAAAGCGGGAUCCUAAGGAGAGACUGUCUUUUCCGGAUUUCUUCAGCAAUGGAAUCGUCACCGGCGAGAUCCCGGGCCUCCAUCCGGAGGAUAUGCCUGAGGAAACGAAAGAACCCCAGCAGUUGGAGCCAGACCGCCGCCAUAACAGCAGAACAGAUCCUACAGGAGUAAUCAGACCCAGAUCAAUUAAGGACCCAGAAAGUCCAUACUCUGAUCCUACCAAGACAGCCUCGGACGACAAUUUACAACGAAGAUAUUCCAUCAAUCGCCGAUUAUCAAUUGCUCGCGACCAACAAAUCCAUCAGAGACGGCCUUCAGAUGAGCGCAAUACGGUGUUGGAUCAACCGACCAGCCCGGUGGCACCCCGGCCUGCUUUGCAUCCACAUGCCACGGCGCCUAACCGGCAGGAAUUGAUGCAUCGGCCAAGCUCAACUCCAAUGGCACGGCAAGGCAGCGGAGGCUCGCAUAAGUUACCGCCCUCAUCGUUGCGUGGCCAGGUCUACGAUGAAGAACAAGAAGCUGCACGCAUCCGCAAACGCCAGCAGGAGAAAGAACGGGAACGAGCAGCUCAAGAUAUAGCCUUCGAACGUGACUAUGUGUUGGUGGAGAAGAAAGCUGUUGAGGUCAAUGCUCUGGCGGAUGAACUCGAUGCUAGCCCUCGACUAGACCGAAAUUCGUCGCAGAGUGCCAUCUCCCCUAAGUCUGGGGCGAUGGUUCGCAGGGCUACAACCCAGGGUCAUCCGGUUUCCACGACAGGUGCCCAAACAAGCGCCUCUCGAGCUGUUCAAAUUGCAUCUGGUAGACGUCCGGAUGCCAUUCACGCUCGGCAAAAUUCUUACGAGCGACGUUAUGGUCCGAGUCCAAGCUCAGCAACUUCAGCUAUCUCAAAAGCCCUGAACAUGGCGAGCGGUCGGUUAUUUGGCGUUGGAUUUUCUCCGCCGGUUAACCUCAUGCGUGGUGGCAGGUCUCCGCCAGUCAACUACAACCCUUUUCCUGCGUAUCCAGGUGCACAGAGCAGUUUGGUGGUCAUCGGCGAUACGACAAAGCCUCAAGCAACGGACGAGGACACUAAGUACGUUCAGACCGUUGAGGAGGUUGCCACUAGAAGUGACGUUGUGUACGGCUUUGCAGAAGUCAAGUACAAGCAGCUCACUCCCGCAGCCCCAUCACAUCCCGGACUUGGAUUGCGCAAUGCCUCCGGUGAGAACGCACCUGACAGUCCUCUAGGUCCAGCAAAUGAAGACCUGACCGUUGAGGCGACUGUCAUUGUAGCAGAGGAGGCCUUGGUGUUGUAUGUCAAAGCACUAGCGCUACUAGCCAAAGCCAUGGAUAUUGCUGCGCGUUGGUGGAACCGCAAGAAUCGAGGUGAAAUUGCUGAUGAGAAAAAUUAUCGAUCCGGCGCGGGUCCUGUUGGCCAAAGAAUGAACAACGUUGUCCAAUGGACUCGCAACCGAUUUAAUGAAGUUUUGGAAAAGGCAGAGCUUGUCCGAAUGAAAUUGAUCGACAGUCAGCGUCGUCUACCCGAAGAUCAUCCCAGUCAUCCCAACAACAUUUCCACCACAACCGCAUCCAGCGCUGGUCUCGGAACGUCUGCGGAACAAGUUGUGGUCAGUUCUGGAAUCACGGCCGAAAAGCUCAUGUACGACCGGGCUUUGGAGAUGAGUCGAGCUGCAGCGAUCAAUGAACUGACUAAUGAGGAUCUGGCUGGCUGUGAAAUAUCUUAUGUUACCGCUAUUCGGAUGCUUGAAGCAAUCUUGGAGAGUGAGGACGAAAACAUCUCGAGGCAGGGUAGUGGCACGAGUGAUCUGGACGAGAAGGAUGACCUGUCUCCAAUUAAUGGCUUGGAGGCGGAAGACAGGCACACUUUAAAGAAUUUGGUUACCAGCAUUCGGGGCAGGUUAUCGGUCAUUCGAAGGAAGCUUCAAAUGAUCCAGAAGCGUGCGUCAGCACCAGCUAUGGCCUCACCCAGCAGAGCAUCGCCACCUAUUCCGCAUCGUGGGAGCAAUGCUCCAGCUGUGACGCCUCCUCGUUCAUGA